AUGGGUUGUAUUCUGACGGCGGUUGGCGUAGACGAGGAAACCACCUACAGCAAAUCCACCUCGCUGCAGACCAAGCUGCUGGGAUAUGAGCUGACCGAUACGAUGACGGUUCUGUGCGAAAAGUCCAUCUUUUUCCUGACCAGCAGGAAGAAGAUCGACUUCUUGAAGCAGAUCGAGAAGGAUAGUGAGGAGGGCAUUCCGUCCGUGAAACUGUUGGUUCGGGAUAAGAACGACAAAGACAAGGCCAAUUUUGAAAAGCUGCUGGUGGCGAUCAAGGGAUCCAAGGAUGGCAAAACGUUGGGCGUCUUCUCCAAGGACAACUUCCCGGGUGAAUUCUGUGAAUCGUGGCGAGCCUUCGUCAAGGGCAAGAGCUUCGACACCGUGGACAUCAGCGUCCCAAUCGGGUACAUCAUGUGCUCCAAGGAGGACCCCGAGGUUAUCACCAUCAAGAAGGCCUGCCUGGUGACGGUAGACGUAUUUAACAAGUACCUCAAGGAUCACAUCAUGGAGGUUAUCGAUGCUGAUAAGAAAUUAAAACAUACCAAACCAACUACCUACCUACCUACCUGGCAGCCAGGUGGCAAUUAUAGCUUGAAUUUCAAUGUUUUCAGCGACAAGAACUAUCUGCACUUCGGAUCGAUCAUCUUUAUCUGCACUCUCGGAUCGAUCCUACUGCUCCAAUGUCGUCCGAACGAUGCUGGUUAA